GUUAUCAUUUUGAUUACAAUUAUGGAAAUUUAAGUGAAUCAACAUUAGAUAUAUUAAAAUUAUGGCCAACCGAUGAACAAAUUUCUCAAACAAUAAAGUAUUCACAUCAAUUAGCUUGUGAACUUGCUGAAUUUCUUAAUAUUAUACAGCCUAUAGACAAUUUUCUUGAAACUAAUUCUUUACGAAUAUUUAUUAGUAUUCAUGAAGAAGAAGUUUUAGCUAAUUCUAAUAAUCAAAUAGAACAUGAAAAAUUAAUAUUCAAAUGA